AUUGCGGAGACUGGAUUCACCUGCCGAGUCGGAGGAGGGGCUCCGGGCGGCACAGUGCGCAGGCGCGGGCGUUCGGGGCUCGCGGCGCGCGGCGCUCGGUUGAAGCGGGAGUGAGUUCUGGUCGCGGAGACCCGGCAGCGGGCGAGCGAGCGGGUGACCGGGCGCCUCCUCUGCAGCCAUGGCAGCCCUGCGCUACGCAGGCCUGGACGACACGGACAGCGAGGACGAGCUGCCCCCGGGCUGGGAGCAGAGAACCACCAAGGACGGCUGGGUUUACUAUGCCAAUCACACGGAAGAGAAGACUCAGUGGGAACAUCCGAAAACUGGGAAAAGAAAGCGAAUAGCAGGAGAUUUGCCCUAUGGAUGGGAACAAGAAACUGAUGAGAAUGGACAAAUGUUUUUUGUCGACCACAUAAAUAAAAGAACUACCUACUUGGACCCAAGACUGGCAUUUACUGUGGACGAUAAUCCUACGAAGCCAACCACCAGACAGAGAUACGACAGCAGCACAACCGCCAUGGAAAUCCUCCAGGGCCGGGAUUUCAGUGGCAAAGUGGUCGUGGUUACCGGAGCGAAUUCGGGAAUAGGGUUUGAAACCGCCAAAACUUUCGCCCUCCAUGGUGCACAUGUGAUCCUGGCCUGCAGGAACAUGACAAGAGCCAAUGAAGCCGUGUCACGCAUUUUAGGAGAAUGGCAUAAAGCCAAGGUAGAAGCAAUGACCCUGGACCUCGCUCUGCUCCAUAGCGUGCAGCAUUUUGCUCAAGCGUUCAAGGCCAAGAAUGUGUCACUUCACGUGCUUGUGUGCAAUGCAGCCGUGUUCGCUCUCCCCUGGAGCCUCACGAAAGAUGGCCUGGAGACCACCUUCCAGGUGAACCACCUGGGCCACUUCUACCUCGUCCAGCUCCUCCAGGACGUCUUGUGCCGCUCAGCCCCUGCCCGGGUCGUCGUGGUUUCCUCGGAGUCCCAUAGAUUUACAGAUAUUAAUGAUUCCUCUGGAAAACUAGACUUCAGCCGCCUUUCUCCAUCGAAAAAUGACUACUGGGCCAUGCUGGCUUACAACCGGUCCAAACUCUGUAACAUCCUCUUCUCCAGCGAACUCCACCGCCGCCUGUCCCCGCGUGGGGUCACGUCGAACGCAGUGCACCCCGGGAACAUGAUGUACUCCUCCCUGCAUCGAGGCUGGUGGGUGUACACGCUGCUCUUCACCUUGGCCAGACCCUUCACCAAGUCCAUGGAGUGCAGGAGCAGAGCUGAAAAGUACACGGGGACAGAAAAAGCUGCGAUCAGAGGCAGACCCUGUUAGCGGUGGCCCACUGGCCAGGCUCUGCUGGUUCCCAUUAUAGGCAUGGUGGGCAGAGGACUCCAUGUGACAGUGAGCAUGCGUCAGCAUCCCGAUCCCUCUGGAUGCCCUGCGCUCGGACGUCCCUCUUCCCUCUGCAACAUCCUUUUGAAGCCUGUAUGUUCCGUCUGCCCCAGCUUCUGUUUAUACUGGUGCAAAGUGAGGGCUGCUUGGAUUUGGGGAGUUUCACGGGAAGGUAUUAAACGUGUUUGGAAAAGACUUGAAAGUCCAGCUGUGUGUGUUUUAGUUUUAUAUUUAGCCUUAAAUUAGAGACUCCGCAUACCUCAGGUCAUAAAGAGGCACAGCAGGGACUUACGUUUUCCUUCAGUGUGCUGGGGGCGCGCACCUAGGUGAGAUUUGAUUAUUUGCAAAUUUGUUUUUUUUGGUUGUUUAAGUCCACAGCUUAUUUCUGGCCUUCAUGCUUUUAGAGGUCUCCUGUUAUGUUUCAGAAAGAAGUUAUUGCUGUUGUUUUCACUUGAAUUUGAGAAAAGUGAGGUGGCUCGUGGAGAGGAGGAGGGGACAGAAUAAACUUGGACCUUUUGGCGCCAGACCCUGUGCCGGGCACAUGCGCACAGUUAACCCUCAACUACCCUCUGAGGAAGGAAACUGAAUCUUGGCUAAGGAAGCUAAGAAGCUUCCUGCUUUCCUCUGAGGUUCACUCUUUGCUCUGAGCACCACCUUGUUCUCUGCCUGUGGACCUGAGGCUUCUUUUUUUUUUUUGCGGUACGCGGGCCUCUCCCUGCUGUGGCCUCUCCCUGCUGUGGCCUCUCCCGUUGCGGAGCACAGGCUCCGGACGCGCAGGCUCAGCGGCCAUGGCUCACGGGCCCAGCCGCUCCGCGGCAUGUGGGAUCUUCCCGGACCGGGGCAGGAACCCGUGUCCCCUGCAUCGGCAGGCGGACUCUCAUCCACUGCGCCACCAGGGAAGCUCGACCUUUGGCUUCUUGAUGCCACUCCCUCCUCCCCCAGUUAAAGUCCCCAAGAGCCUGUCUCAGAACCAAGUUCACAGCUGCUUGCUGACCCGUGGGAGGAGAAGGAACACACCAUUCCCCAGUAUCGUUUACUACCCAAGCUAAGGCCAGAGCCACGGGAGCAAGGUCACCUGUGGCCACAGAUGAUGGCCUGAUCUAUGAGUUCCCCUGCGGUGCUGUAACAAAGUGCCACAAAGUUACGUGCCUUAGAACGACAGAAAUGCAUCGCCUCACAGCUCUGGAGCCUAGAAGUUCCAAAUCAAGGUGUGGGCGGGGCCCUGCUCUCUCUGAAAAUUCUGCGGGAGAAUUCUUCCCUGCUCCUUUCUAGCUUCUGGUGUUUCCGGGCAACCCUUGACCUUUACUGGCGCAUAGACGAUUCACUCCAAAUAUUUGUGGGGCACUGUGUUCGUUUUCUAUUGCUGCCGUAACGAAUUAUCACAAACUUAGGAUCUCAGACAACCCAGGUUUAUGAUCUUACAGUUCCGUAUAUGGCAAAAGUCUAUAACACGAGCCUCCCUGGGCUAAGAUCAAGGUGUGUUCAAGGCUGUACUCUUUCUGGAGCCUCUGGGGGAGCAUCUGUUCUCUUGCCCUUCUCACCUCCUAGAGAGAGGCCUCCCACUUGGCUCUGGGCCCCCUUUUGUCCAUCUUCAAAGCCAGUAACGUCAGGCCGAGCCCUUCUCCCACUGACAUCCUUCUGGCUGUCUGUUCGGAGUCCCUUUCCUACUUUUAAGGACCUCUGUGAUUACAUCGGGUCCACUGGGUAAUCCAGGAUAAUCUUCCUAUUUUGAUGUCAGCUGAUUAGAAACGGUAACUGCAUCUGUAACAUUAAUUUCCCUUCCCCACAUGACCUAGUAUAUCUACAGGUCGUAGGGAUUAGGGUGGAGACGUCUUUGGGGGCCACUCUUCUGCCUCCCAGAGGUGCCUUGUCACCUGCCAGGCUCUGUGCUCAGCAAAGAGGACACAACAGUAAAUGAUACAGACAAGGCCAUGUGCUCACAAAACUUACCUACUAGUGAGAGCGAAGGGCAAUGGAGAAAUCAACAAGCACAUUCCAGGAAGUGUCGGGCGUGUGCCUGAAAUUAACAAGGCAGUGUAAUGGAGAAUAGUAAUGGGGGGGACUUCCAUCAAUAGAAUAAUCAGGGGAAGCAUCCCCAGGAAGCCGAAGGCCUGAAAAAGGGCCAUCAUGUCAACUGGGGAAAGGUGUUCCACACGGAAGGAACAGCAAACAGGGCGGCCCUGAGGCCUUCAGAAUAACCACUGGCUGCUUUCCAUAGGCUGUACUGGAGAAGGUGAGCCAGGAUGGUGGUUAGUAGCUACUGCAGUGAUUCAGGGGAGAGGUGACACAGGCUUUAUAGGGCGGGCUGCAUCACAGCACCCAAGGGUAUCCCUGUGCUAAUCCUCAGGUUGCAGGAAUGUUACCUUCCAUGGCAAAAGGGGAUUUGUGAAUGAGUCAGUUAAGGAUCUUGAGAUGAGGCGCGAUGGGCAGGGGUGGGGGGUUGUGCAAAUGUAAUCAUAGGGGUCCUUGUAAUGGAAGCCGAGGAAGAUUUGACUACAGAAUUAGGAAACGUGAUGAUGGAACCAAAAGCUUGCAGUGAUUGAGGGAAGGAGCCGUGAGCCCAGGAAUACAGGUGGCCUCUAUAAACGGGAAAAGGCAAGGGAACUGAUUCUCCCCGGGAACCUCUAGAAGGACCUGGCCCUGCCCACACCUUGACUUUAGCCCAGCGAACCUGAUUUCAGCCUCCUGGCCUCCAGAACUCGAAGAGGGUAGCUCUGUGGUUUUCUCCAACCGCCGAGCUAGUGUAAUCUGUGACAGCAGCAGGAGGAAACUAAUGCAUCUUGCUAAGGGUAUGCCCUUGGAGGGAGAGGAGGGACCCAAUUCAAGAGAUCUUUAGGAUUCAGUAUUGACAGGACUUGGUCCCACUGGGGGCGGAUCUGAGGUCCCUAACUUGGGUGACUGAGUGGAGGAUGGUGGUGUUACCUGAGAUAAGGAGGCGAAGCACAGGGAGGAAGGAGAGUUGAGUUUGGGGUGUGUUGAGAUUGAGCCUGAGGGCUGAUGCCCAGCGGUUCCCUGGAGAUGGGGUUCUGGCGCUCAGUGAAUGUGGGCUGAAGAUCCAGCCUCAAGCCUGGGGCCUGAAACACUUUAAGCACUGAAUGAAUGAACGAAUGAAUGAGCGAAUGACUGAGCAAAUGAAUGAAUAUACGAUUGAAAUCCAUGUGGGAAUCCUUUGAAAUGGUGACACCAUCCAAUCAGGUAAGAUUGCUCCAGUGCCUGGUAUUUCUGUUAACCUUUCUGUCUAAAAAUACAUCCCAUGAAACCCUGCCGUACUUAAAGGAAACUUCAUUUUGGCCUUAUUCUCCCUCGGUGCCCCUGUAGUUUUAUCCUUUGGAGAACACCCUUUACAAUCCCACCUCUCCAUCAUUGGGAUGCUGCCUUUAAAUGCCGGCAGUUUCUGGGCCAGGCAAUGGUAAGAGAAGUUAACUGUGAUCACCACCAUGUCUUAACCUUAACAUAUAGGCCAAGCAUUUCGAAAUUAUUUGUCUCCUUAAGCCUCACUGCAGAGCUAAUCAAAAGACAGAUGACCCUGGGUGGCGCUAGUAUCAGGUGAGAAAACAGACACGGUCCCAUAACUUGCCCAGUAUCCGUAGAUGCCCAGUGACUGAGCCAGGAUGGAACUGAGAGGUCUUUCCAGGCUACAAAAGCUAUGUAACAUGUAUCAUUUUACUACUAGCAAUGGAGACAGUAAAUCACGAUAGAAACUGCCCUUUAUUCAUCCCGCAAAGUUACCGAGCACUCUGCGUGCAGGUUAUUCCUCCUGACAACCUCAGGAGUGGUUACUUUCAUUGCAUUUCCUCUCUGUUGCUGCAUAACGAAUUCCUGCAAACUCGGGAGCUUCCACCCUGUAUAGACCAUCUCAGCAGGUCCGAAGCGCAGGCCCAGCCUAGCUGUGUCUUCUGCUCAGGCUCUCAGGAGGCUGAAAUCCGUGUUUUCCAGGACUGGGGUCUUUUCAGAGGCUGUGCUUGUUGCCGGGGGUCAUUUCCUUGGGCCGAGGUCCCCAUUUCUUUGCUGGCUGUUUGAGCACUGCUCUCACCCCUAGGGGCUGUUCUCAGGUCCUUGCCAUGUGGCCCCGUCCAUCGAUGCUGUCACGGCGUGACUGUUUUCUCCUCGGAGGCCACAGGAGCAUCUUAAUCCGUCUCUUCAGGGAGGGCUCAGUCUCUUCAGGGCUCACCUGAUUAGGUCAGGCCCACCCAGGAUCCUCUCCCUUUGGGUGAACGUCAAGCUUACUGCUUCGGGACCUUAAUCCCAUGUGCAAAGUCCGUCCACCUCUGUUGGAUAGCGUAAUUCCAGUCACGGGAGCUAGCUAUCCCAUCCUAUUCCUAGGUCCUAUCCACACUGGAGAGAAUUGCAAGGGUGUGUAUUGUAGGGGGUGGAGAUCUGAGGGAUCAUCUUGGAACCCUGCCUCUCACAGUCUGUGGAAUUCCCAUGUCGCUGAUGUUGAAAGUGAGACUCAGAGGCAUGCUACAAUUGGCCCAAGGCCACUCAAGGACAGCUGGGAUGCAGGACCAGCUUCAUCAUGCUUCCAACGCCAGGCUGUAACCCCCCAUCCCCCUCCCCCUCCCUCACCCCCAGCCUUCACGCGAAGGCGCCGACCUUGCCGUUUGCUGCCUCUGGAGGAGUGCAGAUCACCGCACCCGCCCCAGGCUUUGUCCUCCAGCCUCUCGGGCUUCCACCUGCAUCCGGCGACCAGAAGGGAACUGAACAAGUGCCAGUGCCUUUAAACGGAGCCACACUGGCAUAAUGAGCAGCACGUGGACAGAGGGGACAGCUAAAAAUGUCCCCGACCUUCUAAAAAAGGGACAACUUGGCCAGGUAUCGAGUCAGCUCUGUGACAUUAAUGCAGUUAUCCUGAUUCAGGAUCAGACGUAUUCACCGUUAAACGUCUUUUAACUUGAUUGCCAACAAGUCUUGUAUCAUUUAGAGGAAUCGGUGGAGCUGGCCGAGGGACGAGGUUGAUGUCAGCAGCCACCUUGCUCUUCCAGACUUAAGAAGUGAUCACUGUAGCUGCUCAGAAGGCCUGCUGACCACGUGGACUCUCUGGAGCUGUUCGAUGAAAGAUGUGAACGCCCGUGCGCUUGAGCGUCAUAAACGUUUGGAGCUCUCUAGCCUCCAAGUUUGUCCUGUUCUUUGCAGGUGACUGGGGGCUUCUGGAAUCUGGCUGGCUGGGGCUGCUGCUCUAGGGGGCUGAGGUGCUUCCCCUCAGGCACCGGAUAUGCACUGAUCUCUAACUGGGAGCCAAGAACUGGGCCAGGGGCGGGAGAGUGAGUGAGGAGGAAAGAAGGAAACACGGGGCCCGGCUUCGGGGAGCUUUCGCUCUAGACACCAAUCAGAUCUUCGUACAAAGAAAUGUGAUAUCGCAGCCCAGGUCCGCGCUGUAGAGCAGAGAUCCAGUGAGACUGUGCCUGACAGGGAAGCGUGGCCCUCGUCUGGGAAGGUUGUUGGAUAGAGUGAGGCCUGAGCUGACUGAGAUUUGUCACUAAUCAGGUUAUGAGAGGAACUGAAACACUUGUCGAUUAACACGCGACCUUGGGCAAGUCGUUGAGCCUCUCUGAACCUCAGUGUCCUGUUCAGAAGAAAAUGGAGUAGAAGAAUAACGGGUCUUGAGCCCAAGGAAUGUUAUACGAGCUGCUGACCCAGCCCCCCGUUCUUGUUUCGGUCUUUAAAUCUCUCUGACGAUUGCUCUCUUCCUUGCUCGUGCCUAGAUUUUUUUUUUUUUAAAGAGUCCAUCCAUGAGGCAAGUGUCUGUUUACGAGUCUGGCUUUUCACUGUGGAGCUUCAGCAAAGGUUUUCAGAGCAUCUGCUGGGUGCCAGGCGGGAGUGUGGAGCGGGGGAUUCAGAGAUGAGCGGAAUGUCCAAGACAUCGGAGAGCAGCGUGUACCCAGAGGGGCGUGCCCAUGCCCAAGGGGACAGACUCAGAGAGGGAGCUGGGCGGCUGCAGGCUUGACCCUGAGCCCACAGGACUGCAUUUGAGAUUCGGGUGAAAGGGGAGGGCCGUGAGUGACGGGGUUGUGGAGGGCAGUUUCCAGGCCCUGGGGAUCCCCCCAAGAGAACAAGGUAGGUUCAAGCCCCCGCCUUGCCAGCGUGGGGCAGAGAAACAGACAUUUAAUAAAUACGAAAGAGUAGAUGAGAAAUGGUGAGUGUUUGAAGGGAGGUAAUCCAGAAGGGGGAGAGGGUGGAUUGGAGCGGGCAAGGUUUUACAAGGUGGUCAGGGAGAAGGCCAGCGGCUGGGCGAUGGCUGGAAGGAGGUGAGGAAGCCAACCCUGCAGGUGGUGGCGGGGAAGAUUCCUGGCAGGGAGGACGGAGGGACGGGGGCCACCAAGGCCCUCGCAGGGAGCACGCCUGAGACACUGGAGGGACAGUCCGGCAGCUGGUGUGACGGGAGCUGGGGGAAUGGAGCAGGGAGUGGGCAGGCCUGCACUGUGUAGGGCCUCUGGGCCUGGCAGGGGCUUUGACCUUCUACUCGGAGGGAAAUGGGAAGGCACGGGAGGUUCCCGAGUGGAGGCGUCACGGGAUGGGCUCGUGAUGGACACUGCUUCUGCCCAUCGCCGUAUUUCCCUCUCUGCAUAAGCACAUACGAAAUAUGUCUUCAUAUAUUUUUUAGGUUUUUCUGUUGUUCAGGAUAUAUAUCUCUAUAUAUGUGAUGAUAUAGCUUUAUAUCUGAUAAUAUGUGAUUAUAUAUGCAUAUACGUCUACACACACAUACCCACUUUUCUUUGAACCAUUUAAAAGUUACACACAUCUUAACAGCUCACCCCGAAGUUCCUCGGCAGGCACCUUCUAAGGCUAAGGACAUUCUCCUGCAUAAUCGUCUCACAUCCACAAUACCAUUGUCACACCCGCGAACAUUGAUGGUAUUCCAAUAGUAUUAUCUCACGUGCUGUCUCUACUCAAAUCUCCCCAAUUGUUCUUUAGAGCUCUGGUUGCUGUUUGAUCCGUCAUCCAGCUGAGGAUCGCAUUGCGUUUGGUUUUCAUGUCCCUUUAGUCUCGCUUAACCUGGACCUGUCUCUUUGCUGUUGUUUUGUCCUCGUGACCUUGGUGUUUCUGAAGCGUUCAGGGGACCCUCUGGCUACAGUGCCACUGUAGCCAAGGCUGGCAGCAGGGAUGCGGUCAGGAGUCCUCGGCAGUGCUCUCGGCCAGCACUGCCCAGUGGACCUUUCUGCAGGGGUAGGUGUCUUCUUUCUCUGUACUGUCCAAUGCAGCAUCUGCUCGCCGCUCCGGAGGACUUGGCACGCGGCCGGUGCGACCGAGCCUCUGAAUUUAAAUUGUACUUCAUUGUAAUCAAUUUCAAGAGCCCCAUGGGACUAGUGGCCACUGUCCUGGGGCCGUGCAGCUCCAAGCUGAGAGUUGGUUGCGGUUAGUCAGGGAUUGUGGGAAUGAAUGGAGGGGUGGGGGGACGGGAAGUCCAGACAGAAGGAACAGUAUAUGCAGAGCACUAGAGGUUCCACACGGCAGGAAGUAAAGCUGCAGUUUUCCUUCCCCAGUGGCCAGCAGGCAGGUGUUCAGCUCAGGGUCCUCUUUUCCUCCAGGUCGCAUCCCCUCCCAGCAUGGGCCAUGGCAGACUGGGCACCUCUUUGUAAGCCUGGCUGAAGGAAGGCGUAAAAAAAGUACCACCAUCCAGCAGGAACUUGGUGGCUUUCCAUCCAUGCCCUGUCAGCUGUCCAUAUCCACCCCAUCCUCUUCUCCUGGCCCCGCCUUCAGGGGACACUGCAUCUGGCCUGCAGGGAUAAGCCCCCCUCUGCAUCCUCCUGUAGGACGGGCAGGAGGGUCCGAUGAGCAGUUGUGCCCUUCCGGGGAGUAGGGAGUGAGGCACUGAUGUAUCCAACCCCAUAGAUCUGCUCCCACCCCUAUCUUGUCCCUCCUCAGGUCUGAUCACUCUUUUUAUCUUCCCUGGAGUUGUCUUCUUUUCCCCCCCUUCCUAUUUUUCUCUGAGUUUUUCUGGAGUAAAAUGCAAGUUUUCCGUCAAGUAAUGCAAAGCUCCGUCAUCAGUCACAAGCUCGUCUGAUACACGUACAUGUUGACGACAAGGGAUAUUGCUUGUUAUUUUGCUUCCCACCCGGGCACACCGCUCUCCGCCAACUCGCCAAGGGUUAAAUCUUGCACCGCCCAGGUCUGGGUCUCUCCCGAGCUGGCUUUUGCAUCAUGUGGAUACGUUAAUCCGCCCAAGUUGACUUGGAGAACCAAUCUGAAGUCAGAUGGGAGCUCCCGGAAGCAAAGCCAUUGCAGGUUUAUUUGUUACUUUUAUUAUCUCAUUUCUUCUUAUUUUUCUAGCCAGAUUGCCUACUCCACGGGAAAGGUGGGGGUCCCCUUUCUCCUUCCCUUGCGUUCUCAUGCUGCCUCCCUCCCAGGUGUUUAUAAUCACAUGUUUUUUAUGUGGUUUCUGGGUCCAGUGGCGUGAGCGCCAGAAACACCUCCUCCCCAAAGAGGAGAAGAGGAUGCUGCGCGAUCUGGAAGGAUUUUUUCCUCUCCUCCUUUUGUCAGCUGGCAUGCGAUAUGCUUCCCAGGCAGUAAUUUACAGACUGUCAAUUUCUGAGAGCCGCUGGGAAGCUGAGCGAUCGCCUGCAUUUCCUCACUUCGGCUCGAGUUGGGUCUUGGAGCUGGCAGAGAGCAAGGUCUCUUUCUGGGAAUGCUUGGUCCCAUUAAAGGAAGGCCCUGGCUUUUGUCAACUUUGAAAGGUGGUCAUGGGAGGGGUUGUUAUGACACAUCGGGCUGCAAACGCAAUGCCAGAGUCAUGCUUUAUACCAAAAGAUGCUUUCCUGGGGAGGAUUCUGCUAGCCGUCAGGCACUGACUGACACGUUAUUAAUGUUUUCCUGUUUUCUGUGGUCCGUGAACGGAAAAAUACUUUGGAGCCUUUAAAUUUUCUCAAGAUGUCCGUGUUUUCUUGGAUCAUCCCUCAGUUUUCCACGAUUUGAAAAAUGUCGGUGUUGCUCCCUGGGCUUCAGGGAAUCCGGAAGUCGCUGCAAAUCUUUCUAAGGUUUGCAGUCACACGGAUGUUUUCACCUGGAGCAUCCCCGACUUGGUGAGAGCAACCCAAUUCC